GAGUCAGACAGUCAGUGUGGCCGCGGCCAUGGCUGGAGGCGGAGAUACACAUCCCCUGCCACUCAGAGGGCAGUUCAGACAGUACAAACAUGGGCCCAAACUCUUUUCCGUGGAGUUGAGUGAGGCAGGAGUGACGGUGACAGGUGACGGGGUGCAGCAGGUAAUCAAGGUGACGGACUUGGUGGGCUGUGUGUGCCAGCAGAAGCAGAAACACCAGCAGCAGGGAAGCAGCUCCAGCAGUGCCUUCUUCACCCUGCUGGCCUACCCCCUGACGGAGAGGAAGAAGAGGGCUCGCCUGGCACUGUGCUUCGAGGUGGCACAGAGGAAUAACUUUAAGGAGAAUCUGGAGGUGGCCAACGCGUGGAGGAAGGCUGUCUACCAUGUCGUCAGGAUAUACGGCACAGCCAAGCCACACAUUGACUACAGCAAGAAGCUUCUGGUGCUCAUCAACCCCAACUCUGGCCCUGGUCGAGCUCUGCAGAUAUACCGCAAGCAGGUGUCCACGGUGCUGGCCGAGGCAGAUGUGUCUCACGAGGUGCUGGUCACCGAGCGCGCCAACCAUGCCGUAGAAGUGGUCUGCAACCUUGACCUUAAACAGUAUGCUGGCUUGGUCAUACUCUCUGGGGAUGGCCUUCUAUAUGAGGUGUACAAUGGAUUGUUGUCCCGACCGGAUUGGGAGGAAGCCAUCCAGUUCCCGAUAGGCAUCAUUCCUGGUGGAUCAGGGAAUGGUCUGGCACGCUCCGUGUCCCACUGGCUCAGUGAGCCGUACACUGCCAACCCGGUGCUGGUGUCCACCCUCAACAUGGUGCACGGCCACCUCUCCCCGAUGGACCUGGUCAUGACGGAGACAGCGAAGGGAAAGAGAAUCUUGUCCUUCCUUUCUGUCGGCUUUGGGCUCCUCUCUGACAUCGACAUCGAGAGUGAGAGGUUAAGGAUCAUCGGGGAGUCCAGGUUUGCUGUGUGGGCGGUGGCGCGCUGUGCAAACCUCCGCAAGUACCACGCCACCAUAUACUUCAAGCGGGCAGUAGGCGCUCCAACCCCGGCACCACCCACCUCCGUCCCACAUCUACAACGCUCCCAAACCCUGCAGGAGGGAGAAGGCCUGCCCUCCACCACCAAGUACCUGUCACGAAGUUACAGUGUCCAGCCUCAGGAAUCCCGAGAGGAGGGUGAUGCCUGCCUGGAUCUACUUCCCUCCCUGGUGAAGGUGGAGGACGGGGCCCCAGAGCCUAGCCCGGAGAAGGCUCUGGAGGCACUAGAACAUGGGGAAAAGGCUCUGGAGGCCCAAGAACAUGAGAAGGCAUUGGAGGCACAAGAACAUGGGGAGAAGCAGCAAGAGGGUGCCAGGUCUGAUGUGUCAUUUCCUGGCCUGGAUGAGCCGGUGCCAGAUGACUGGGAGACUAUUGAAGACGACUUCAUCAUGGUCCACUGUAGCCAGCACAGCCACAUCUCUGGUGACGUUUUCUUCGCGCCACAAGCCACACCAGACGACGGAUGCCUCUGGCUCUUGAUGCUACGCCGCUCCUGCCCCAAGUCAACCAUUGCCAAGCUCCUCUUGGGUCUGGAUGGUCGACACCUGUCCUAUCCUGGUGUGGAGAUGAUCGCAGUGGAGGCCCUCAGAAUAGUGCCGAACCAAGGCACCAACAAGGGCUACCUUACAGUGGACGGGGAGGUCAUACCAUGGACCCCCAUACAGUCCCGUGUCUUGCACAAACGUGGCCGCAUCAUGACCCGGUAGUCUUGCUGCUGCCUUACAAGGGUGUGGUGGUCACCUCUGGUGCUGACUUCAUCAUCAUCUGGCCAGUCAUUCUCUCCCUCAUUUGAAUCAGGAAGAGAGUCAUGUCUCACUCAAAACAGAAAGGUUUGGAUUGCUGUAAGUGCAGGGCAGCACAUCACAACAGACUGAGGACUUGCUUGGUUGAAUUGUUUUUGUUGAAUUAGCUCUAGGCUACUUAAAAAAAAAAAAGCAAGCAUGAGCUGUUCGUUUGCCUUGUAAAGUUUUAUUCUUCAAUCCAUUGCAAUGUUUUGCCGUGCAGCAUUUGCAAUAUUUUUGAUAAAUUCCUUGCCGUGGAAAGAUGGAGACACUGCUCAAGUUCCUGCUUUUCUGUAAUGACAAUGGUUAAAGGGCACAAUAUACCUAUAGCCAGUUUCUAUUAUUCAGUUUAAAGAUGCUCUUAAUACUUGCUGCAAUUUGUAUUAAAGUUUGUCAUUUUAAAAUUUUAUCCACAAUAUAAUUUCAAAGCUACAGUAUUUGAAUUUCUACAUGACAGGUCACUUUUCACUCUCAUCCUUGAUACUUAUGUAGACUACAUUCCAUUUUUUUUAUUUUUUAGGAACUAUAUUUUUGUAUGAAUUAGUGCAGAAAUAAUUCAUUGGUGCACUUAGGCAUCAGGAAGGGGGCGGGGUGUCCUGAAGGAGACAUAUGUUGCAUUAGUAAAGUUUGUGUACAGGAAACAAAUGGAUUGAAGGAGGAAAGUGUUGUUUGGGGGCAGUGCUGUGGCAGUGCUAGGAAGACCGGAAGAAAGUGUUAGCGAGGGGCACCAUUGUUACAGGAACUGGGGAGAGAAAUAAGCACUUGUUGCAAUUUUAAGGUGGGGGAAGGGAAAAGUUGGCUAGUGAUAUAGCUGUCUCAAGAGUGCUGGGACGGGAGGCAAAAGUUUGAGACAGAUUAUGCAAGUGCGCAAUGGUAGUGUUCUCAAGGGGGUGUAGAAUACUAUUUAUGAGUAAAGAGUUUCAAAGGUGUUACUCCUCAGACAUCAUCGGGUGGAAGAGGGAGGGGAGAACAUUUUGCCGAGGAAGGUCUUGAAAGGGUUUAUGGGGAAAGGGAUAAAAAGAACAAUGCCAGUAUGGUAGGGGCUUAGAGGACAAAGGAAUAGAAGAAGGUGUUUGUCGGAAAGAGAUUCGGUGAAAAAGUUAAUAAAAGAUUGACACAAUUAGGUUAUUAACUACCGUAUUUCGCGGCGUAUAACGCACUCCGGCGUAUACUGCGCACCCUAAACUUUAAGGCAACAAUUUUGUACAAAAAAUAUUCAGUGCUUAAAAUGCUAAGAAAUAUUUACGGUUAACGGCGCUAGGCUUUUCCCUGGUUCUCUCCUACAUACUUCCUUUCUUUCUUCUCCCUGUCCAUCCCCAUAGUUUUCUCCUUUCCUUUCCCCUCCCUCCCAGUUUUAUCUCUUAAUCUCUUUCCCUCUUACUCAGACCUUUUUUUCUCUCCCUUUUUCCUCACCUUUACCUGACCCUCCCUCCCUCUCUCCUUUUUGCAUCCUAUUUCCUUCACUCAUUUCCUUUGUUUCCUCCUUUCUCACACCCUCUUAUCUAUAGCCUUAUUUCUCACUCUAUCACUCUCUUAAUUCCUCCCUUUCUCCUUCCCCAUUAGAUUAUAUGAACACACACACAGGGGGAAAUGAGAAGGGCGAGUCAGGUCAGGUCCUGACCGAAGCCCUGACCCGAGUCUCCUUUCUGCCACUCCCACACCCAUCUCCUUUCUCCUUGUUUUCAUACUCUCUAUCUCACCAUUUCCUCCACUCCUUUUCUUUGUUCUGUCUGUCUCCUCCUCCCUUUCCCCUUCCUUGUAUUUUCUUAGAUGUGAUAUAAGGGAAGUGAGCUACGCUCACAUGAGAAUGGCAUGAAGUCGUGUGGCAGCCUAGGAGUCACGCUGCCCCAUAUAACCCUACGCAAAUGUCAAAAUUACGGCGGAAAGAGGGAGACAAAAAAAAAUCAAAAUUUCUACUUUCGGCGUAUACCGCACAGGGGCAAUUUUCUGGCAUCUUUUAAAUGAAAAAGGUGCGCGUUAUAUGCCGCAAAAUACGGUAUAUAUUAAGGUAUUCAAGUUGUGUAGAUGAAAAUAUCAGUCUCCCUUACUCUGAACUCAUUGUAAAUGAGUAUCCCUUCCCUCUACUUUGUGUCGUGGAGUAACAGGGGAGUGGAGGGUGAGGAAGGAAGGGGGGAGGGGGUUGAAGUGAACAUCAUCCUCUCCUGUCUUUCUUUUCCUCACUCCCUAUUCUCCUGCUUCCCAUGUGACUCUCAGAAAUGACCCACCCAGUCACAAUUAGUCUAGAGAAAGGUAGGUUGAUAUUUUUGCCCAUAACUGUCAUAAGAAGAUAAAUGGCUGUGCUAUGAGAGGAGAGGAGUGAUGAAACAGGGUUGUUGCAUAAGGUGGCCUUCUUUGUGCCUCAGUAAAUGGGAGUGUGCUGUUCCCUUGCUGCAGUUAGCCUAAGACAAGAGAUUUAAGAGACUGAAAGGCCUCUGACAGAAAUGGCUGUGAAAAGAAACAAUAAAACAUUAUUUCACCUUCAUGCAAUAGAGCUUAUGUUUGACAAAACUAAACUAUCCAUUUGAAGCUUUCACAAGGACCCUAGACAAAUUUUAUAACAUAGCUUAAUGGCUGUUUGUAGGAACUGUGUUAGGAACUGCCAAGUGGUUAAGAAGAGUUUUCCAUAAAUUUGUGUUAUACAGUUUCACCUGGAUAAAAUAUAUAAAAAUAUUGAUGUGCAGUGAUUGCCUAUACUUAAAUACGUAUUGAUGUGCAGUGAUUGCUGCCUAUAUUUAAAUAUUGAUGUGCAGUGAGUGCCUAACCUAAAGAAAAGGUUAGUGCUAAUAAAAAGUAAAUUAAACAAUCCAAGAAAGUAGUGUGCACAACACACACACACACAUGCCAUUAGUUGUUUGGCCCAGGAUGUCACAACCAACAGGAAAAACGUAGUUGUGCAUGCUGCCUUCUUGGACAUCUGAUGCUAUUCACCUUGUUCAUAAUAACCACUAUUUUGAGGUACAAAGUCACUAUGGUCAUUGUGCCACUUACAUGUUGACAUUCAAUAAGCUGUUCUGUCACAAUACAUACUAAGGCUCUUUGUGCAAGCUUCAGAUAGAUGAGUACAGGCAACCUUCACUGUAUGAUCUUGAACUUUUCCUACCAAAUAUCACUACCCUUUUGAUCGGUUAUACGAUCAGCCUGUGAUUGGUGGUGCAAUCGUGUUUUCACUGCUGCACAGGGGUGUUGCAGUCACUACACUGCACAGGGAAGAGCGUUCCCCACUCUCACAACACUCAAUCUCUGCAGUUGAUCAUGUCUGUAUAUUUUUCUUACAAUAGCAUCUAAGCUUAGUGGAAGUGCAGAUCCAAUCACUACCAAGGGCAUAACAUAAGGAAAAGAGUCUUACAUUGGAAGUAAAGCUAGAUAUAUUUAAGUGAAUAACAUGAUGCACUACUUUUGUUAAAUAAUUACUGCAAAUAAACACCCCAUCAUAUACAAUCAGUUUUGAGGAACAUAACCCAGUUGUAUAGAGAGAGAUGCCUGUACAGUGCUUCAGCCGGUUUCUUGCUUGCUGUAGUUGUUCAGUGCUGAACACUUACAGCUUGUUGGUCUAUAGUUAUGGCUUACUCAGUGAUGAACAUUUAUGCUCAGUGGCUUCAUAAGUUUAGAUACACUGGCUUUCAGUAAUUAAUCUCAUCAUUUUGUGUUAUUAUGAACAUGUUAGCUGAUAAUCUCUUCUACUGUAAAGUACAGAGAAGUUCUUUACUUUCAUGAAAAUUAGGAUUCAUAUAUAAAGCUUCAGGUCAAGGUCAAGUCUUUCUCAGGCUUUGUCAAACACCAAACUGGUUUACGAUGUUAAUGCAGGUAAGAACAAUUCUUAUUCUUUGGGAAUUUCAAUAUUCCUGUGCUGCAAAUUAAUGAGGCAUCUCAGAAAAUAAGAGGAAAAAAAUAUCCCCAUAUUGCUGUUAACGCCUUCACUCCGGCGACACUGAUGUCGCCGUCCGACGGCGUCACCGUAUGGAAAGGGUUACUCCUCUUCUAAACCUUUUAAUCCUCUUCCAUUUCCUCUUAAGAGGAAAUGGACAUGGCUGGGCGUUAUCGCGAUAAGUUAUCACGAUACUUUAUCGCCGAUAACAAAAUCGGGUUAUCGGACAUCCGCUACUUAUUUAUAUAAAUAUCGGUAUCUUUUGACGGUGGGAGUGGCAAACAAUACAACACUGGUUCAGGCGUUUCUAGUAUUACCGUCCAUAUGUACGUGUCAACGUGUGGUUUUCAGGUUUUGUAAGUUUUCAAAAAUAUAGAUAAUGAAAAUUUGAAUUCAUCUAUGUUUUUUAUUUGAAAUAUCAAUAUAGUAUCGUUUUCGCCUAUUGGACUUAUCGCUAGCUAGUAUCAGAAUUGUGGAUUUAUAUCGGGUAUCGGUUAUCGCCUAUAUUUGUGUCUCCAGUUAACGAAUAUCAUUUAUCACCAAUAAGGUUUUCCAUUAUCAGUUAUCGGGUAUCGGGAAUAAGGUUUUCUGUUAUUGUGCCCACCUAUGGAAAUGGAAGAGGAUUAGAGGAAUUUAGAGGAGGAUUGAGAGGUUUAGAAGAGGAUUAAUCCUCUUCCAUUUCCUCUUGACCCUUUCCAUACUUUGAUGCUGACAUCUGCGUCACGGAUGGAAAGGGUUAAACAACUAGUUCCAGUGAACAGGAGGUGUCACUGGGUUGCAUGCCUUGGAUAGACAUUUCACUACACUGAGGUACACAGUGUUAGUGCCUGUAUGGCUGAAAUACAGAACACUGAAUGCUAGUUUGCUACUGCUCAGCUUGAGGUUCAUUUUUUUCUUGAACAGCAUUAUUGGUAUAUAUUGUAAUUUUAUACAAGCUGGAGAGUGAUAAGAACUUUUAAUUUUGGACAUUUUUAAUUAUUAUUUAUUAUUAAUUAAUUUUUCAAGUAAUUUGUUUGCAUAGCUGAAAAAUGUUGACCAAAUACUGUCAUUGGUGACAUAUGCAAAGUGUGGGUCAACUCACCAGUUUCCCUGCAUCCAGGCACUCCAGUUGUGGUGAUGCAUGUAGACUGCAUACAGGGGUGAAUGUUGCUUCACUGUUGUGCCUGCCAUAACUGUGGAAUAAUAUGUUGGUUGUACGUCCAGCAAGGAAACAAUGCAACAAUUGACAGCCUUUGAGGCAAGGUACAUGUAGGUUCUGCUUCCUCUGUCCUGAAUUCAGCACUUGCAAUGUAGAGCUUUUGUGUGAAUCUUGUGUGAUAUUCCACCAGUGCCCCCCAUACAGUUUAACUUAGGAGAUUAUAGUUGUGAUUAUUGUUAUGAGCUUAUUCAGAUAUGGCAAAAAUGAUAUGGGUUUCAAGUUGGACUAGAUGCAAAACCUCACUUUCAUUAAAUGUCAUCAUGGGUAAAAUAUAUGACAGUUAAUUUUACAGUAAAUUUGAUACAGCAUUUUGUGUUUGCUAAACAAAGCAACUUCACUUAUACUGAUUUUGUGGUAAGCAGCCCUUCAAUCAGUGGAUAUUAAGAAAAUGCAGCACCAUUAUAAAUCUCUUAUGUUGUUUAUGGUGAAUCAACAAGCUGUAGCUCCUACGUUUCUUACAGAAGGUUGAGAUCGAGGACCGUGCACACUUAAUUUCCCCUCUAGAGCACCAGUAAAACAGGUUGCUUUGAGCUUUUAAUAAUGCCCUUUGCCUCACUGGGGUCAGUUUGAAUGACAACAUUCUGUAAGAGGCAACAACUCGGUACCCAGAGGCUUAUUAGGUAUAAUGUACUUAAAGGGGAUCACUAUUAUUUAUGAGGGUUGUCUUUUGAUGGUGCUGAAGGACUAGUCAUUGUCACUGUUGCCCUCACUGCUUCCAUCAGAGGCAGGAUGGAGUAUAAAUAGUUAUGUAACCGUUUUUACCAUUCUGUACAUAAAAAAAACAUUAGGUAGGAGCUACAUUCUUCUUAGGUGCCUCUUAUAACACAUUAAAAUAGUGACAACUAUUCUCUCUAGGGUGGUCAGCCAUAAAAAAAAAAUUGUAUGAAGUUAAUACUAUACUACUGGUCGAUUCUGAAUACACUGGAAACUAUAUGCCAGACUUAAGAUGUGGAUUUGGAUGAGUGGGACUGUUAGGAGCACUAAAGUAGCUGCCAUCCUGUUUUAAUAAAUUCACCUGUUUUCCUUAAUGUUUAUUGCAGCGUUUCUUCUUGUAAGCAUACUCAAGCUGCUAAGUAUUUCAGCAUAAAUGUAUACCUUUUUGAAUAGACAUUUAAACAACAUGGUAUCAGUCAUGAACAGCUAUUUGGUGGGUGUUAAGGAAAAUCCAGUGAUGAAGCAGGUGGAUGGUGAAAGCUGUGAUAAUGUUACCACCGAGACGGAAUUUAUAGAAGCGUUUCACACAAACUUAUUUGAAUUUGCCAAAGACAGCUGAAACAGAUAAAUACAAUAGGCCAACCAGUUUAAUUUCUAAAGUGUUUUGUGCUAUUCUUUUGUAUAUCCCAGAGACAGGGGCUUCGUGGUGCAGUGGUUAGCACACUUGGCUCACAACCGAGAGAGCCCGGGUUCAAUUCCCGGGUAGAGUGGAAAAAUUUGGGCUGCUUUUCUGAUACCCUACGCCCCUGUCCGCCCAGCAGUGAAUGGGUACCAGGUAUUAAUUGGGGGUUGUGUCCCGUCUCCUGGGAUCUGUUCCCUUCUAUAAUUCCUUCCCCUUCUGUCUCUCUCCGGCAUAUGACCACAGAUGUUGCGCCGACUAAACGAAACUUUCCAACUGUAUAUCCCAGAGGAGUUAUGAGGACAUGAAUAAAAGGUAUACAAAAAUAACUAAUUUGUGAAUUAUAAUUUACAAGAGGUUGUGUGAGGUGCUGAUGCAUGAUUUACUUCCUGAGGAAUGAAGACUGAAGGAACUUUGUGUUGCAUGCUGUUACGAUGCCGAGGUGUUGUGUGCCUUUAAAGCUUUAGUAGUCCCCCACUGGCAUAGAGAGUGAGGUUUUACUAUUAAUUCAGUCAUGGAAAUAACUCAUGUCUUGUUCCUGUCUUUCAGUACACAGGUGACUAGUGAUGUUAAGCAGUAAUGUGGUCAGUAUCUAAAAUGACUUAGCUCUAAGGAGAUUUGCAAUGUUAUUCUAUACUUUGUUACCUUAAUAUGAAUUACUUUAUCUGCAUGCCAGUGUCCUGAUUCAGGUCAGCACUAAACCUUUGUAAAAAAAUGUAUAUUAAAUCAUAAUUUAUAUCCACAAAUAUAUAAAUUAUCAUA